GAAGCGGCUCCUGUCAGUGUAGGCUCCAGUGUUUGGGCUGCGGUUUCCGCGUACCCGCUGCGCCCGGCCGGGGGAGGCUUGGCCGGAGGAGCCGGAGAGAGGACCUCGGGCUUAAACCGGGCAGCGACAUGGACAUCCUGAAGUCGGAGAUCCUGCGGAAGCGGCAGCUGGUGGAGGACAGGAACCUGUUGGUGGAAAAUAAAAAAUAUUUCAAGCGUAGUGAACUUACAAAAAAAGAAGAGGAAGCAUAUUAUGAAAGAUGUGGCUACAAGCCUAUAAAUGAGAAGCCAUCUGGAGAGAUACAGCCAAAAGAGGAUGACCAGACACCAUUAACUUCAUCGAAUCCAGUAUUAGAACUUGAACUAGCAGAGGAAAAAUUACCAAUGACCCUUUCUAGGCAAGAGGUUAUCAGAAGAUUAAGAGAAAGAGGAGAACCAAUCAGACUAUUUGGAGAAACUGAUUAUGAUGCUUUUCAGCGUUUAAGAAAAAUAGAAAUCCUGACACCAGAAGUUAACAAGGGAUUGAGGAAUGAUCUGAAAGCAGCUUUGGAUAAGAUUGACCAGCAAUACCUCAAUGAACUUGUGGGUGGUCAAGAACCUGGAGAGGAAGACACACAGAAUGACUUGAAAGUUCAUGAAGAAAACACCACAAUUGAAGAGUUAGAGGCAUUGGGAGAAUCCUUAGGAAAAGGUGAUGAUCAUAAAGACAUGGACAUCAUUACCAAAUUCCUUAAGUUUCUUCUUGGUGUUUGGGCUAAAGAAUUGAAUGCCAGAGAAGAUUAUGUGAAGCGCAGUGUGCAGGGCAAACUGAACAGUGCUACUCAGAAACAGACCGAGUCCUAUCUCAGACCCCUUUUCAGAAAGCUGCGGAAAAGGAAUCUUCCUGCUGAUAUUAAAGAAUCCAUAACAGAUAUUAUUAAAUUCAUGUUACAGAGAGAAUAUGUGAAGGCUAAUGAUGCUUAUCUUCAGAUGGCCAUUGGAAAUGCCCCAUGGCCCAUUGGUGUCACUAUGGUUGGUAUCCAUGCCAGAACGGGUAGGGAAAAGAUUUUCUCCAAGCAUGUUGCACAUGUUUUAAAUGAUGAAACACAGCGGAAAUAUAUUCAGGGAUUGAAGAGGUUAAUGACGAUUUGCCAGAAGCACUUUCCUACAGAUCCAUCAAAAUGUGUGGAGUAUAAUGCACUGUGAGAUCUGUAUAUAAUGUGAAGAUAACAAUAAGAAACUUAAGGGAGCAUGAUAUGGACUUCUGGAAUUACCAAUAGGAAUGAAGGAAGAAGAAAACGAGUUUCUGGAGUGGUUUCUACCUAAUGCAACUCGGAGUUUUAAGAACUGUCUUGGCUCUCAUAUCACAUCUGACUGCAUACUGAUUUGUGUCUUGCUUUUAUUUUAAACAGUUGAAAAGCUAAGUUCUAAUAGACUCUUCCCCAUAGUUUAAAUGUGUAAACAGUGGUCACAGAAGGAGGUUUCAAAUGACUCUUUCCCUCUAGACCUAAAAGUUGCAGUUAGAUUAUUAAAAAGGAACAUUUGAGGAUGAACUUAAAUGUUCUGUAUAAUA